AUGGAACACUUAGAGCAGACUUUUGGCAAGCAAGAUUAUCUUGCAUGCCAACAAAUCUCCUCAGCGAUGUUCUCUGCAAAGAUGCAUGACAGUAUCACAAUCCAGGAUCAUAUGAUGAAGCUUACCAAGCUCUUCUCUAGAUUGGAGAAUAAGGGUACUCUAUUUGAGUUGGACUUCAAGAUAGAUAUUAUCUUUGCCUCACUUCCUGACGCCUAUAGCUCAUUUAUCAUGAACUUCCACAUGAAUAAAGUAGUGGUUAACAACGUCUCUGAGCGUACUAACAUGCUUAUAGAAGGAGAAAGUACGCUUAAGAAAAAUAAAGUUGUUUCUCUUUUUAUUGAGAAGAGUUCUCAUGGUUCAAAGAACAAGAAAAAGAAGAGGACUAAGAAAAGCAAGAAAGGUAAGUCAACCGGUGUGAAAGAGGGAGAAGUGCAGAAGAAAAAGAAAAGUGUUUCCAUUGUGGCAAGACUGGACACUGGAAGAGAAACUGCUAAGAGUACCUAG